AAAAGAACAAAGAAAACAAUUGUUCACCCGAAUCAAAAGAAUCGCCACCGUGUGCAAAGCGAAACGUGGCGUUCAUCAAUGCUUAUUGGUGGAAGCUACGCCUUUGAAUUAUCGUAAUCUUCCAAAAAGGCUGUCAAAGGAGUAUGGGACUGUAGCAGCAAAGUCCAAAACGCCCAGUUCUCGCUGACAAGGCGGGCACGAGACUCGGACUUGGCGGAAACACAACUAUGAUACCUUCCUUUCCUUACUUUUCGAAUCUUUGUUUGCCUCGAUUUCCACGCCUUAGUAAAGACAUGGAUGUUUUCAAAUCCCACGAUAUCUCUUUCGUUUUCCCCGCCUAUUCCAGAAUCCCCCGAUAACCCGAGUUUCAACGAUCAGCGUCUCGUGAUUCUAGCGGCGUAUUGAUCCCUUUUUGGCCCUAAUUACAAAUAAUCGCCUCCCUUAGCCUGCUGCACACAUUUACGCAUACGCGACGCAAACGUUCAAACAAACAUCCCGCAUCGGGGGUUCUCUAGCAAAUACUGGUUUGUGCGCUCAAGAACGAACACCUGGAUAGAUAGGCGGCCCGACGACAGAGCCCUCGGGUCGCGAUGGCGAAUGUCGAAGCGUCCAGCCCGUUUCGCAGUAGUUACCUGGAAGCAGCCGCCAGGCAUCUAAACUCCAAUCUCUUCGACCCUCAGUCACCACCACCACCACCACCACCACAACUAGAACUACCACAACUUCCUCCACAGUCGGCCCCCGCUGCUCACGACGGUCAGCAAUCACACUUUACCCGACGCCGACGCUCGCGAGCCUCCUCUCCCUGGAUCUUGACCGCAUUUUCUGACUUCUCUGACAUUGAUUUGACUUCCCCCUCAACCUCGACUCUACGCACCGCGGCCCCACAAUACACACCUGUUCUCCCUCCGCCCCUACCGACUCCCGAGCUGCAACUCAUAUCUCUGUCGACGAUAGCGACGACCUUCCCGCAAGACGUGAGCGAGUCGAUACUGUCUUUGUCGCCCGUGUCACUCCCUUCAUUGAGCAACUCGGCCGAUCGUCUGCCGCGCUUCCAUCCACAACGGCCAUUCCGCCCGCUACCAAUUGCGAACCCCAACGAUAACGACGACGCCCCGGAAGCUGACGUGCCAUUCAUGCCAGUCCGGGAGUCUUUGCGAAUAGACAGGCUUGUGUCGUCUCGCCCCAAGAGUCCACCACCACCGCGGUCACAGUCUAGCCGAUUCGCGGAAGCCGGAAGUAGCAGCAGUAGCAGUAGCAAUCCGUUUCCUGCAACGGAAUCCCGCACGCAGUCAACUGUCAAGCCAGAGGCCACCGCGAGCAAUAGCAUAGAAAUUUCCUCUCUAACUGAGCACAUAAUGCCCGCUUCUACGAGAUCACGGGUAACUGCCCCAUCGGGGAGCAAUUCCUCGCCACCAUCUGCAUCUGAGUCUACCAAACUCAGAGCCCCGAGACGAUCACAAGGCGGAGCAUCUGACAAAAGCACCCGACCGCGGCCCGGGGCAGAGGAGGAUGAAGAUGAAGAUGAGUGGGAACAACCUCUGGCAAAACGACGAAGACUCGGACAGGCGAACACGGAGGUCAUCGAUCUUGUGGAUGCCGAGACGGCUCCCGCACCACCGAAGGCAACGAAGCCAAAGUCUGCAAACCAGAUCAGACUUUCAAACCUUCAGUGCUCCAUCUGUAUGGAUGAUAUGACUUGUCUGACAUCUACUCACUGUGGUCACUUGUUUUGCGGCGGCUGCCUUCAUAGCGCUCUGCAUGUUAACGCCACCAAGCGAGUCUGUCCAAUCUGCCGACAGAAGAUCGAACUGGUUCCUACGUCUGGAGCCCGUGCCAACAAGGUUCCUACAAAGGGCUUUUGGCCUCUUUCGCUCAAGAUCAUGACGGCAACAAGAAAGGGCAAGACGAAAGAGGCAGGGGUGUAAUAUAACUUUUCACUUGGGUUUGGCGUUUGGAAUGCUGAGGUUUUGGCCUCUUUUGAGACUCGAUGUUGCUCGAAUACGUACACCUAGGCGUCUUCGAACUCAACAGUCCUCAUCCCCUUUUCAUUUCUCUAUUGGGUGUUGUAACAAGGCGUUGGGGCUCAUUGUCAGAGGUCUCUGGUCCCGGAAGAACCCGAUUGGGAAGCCAUACGGCAACGGUUGCAUUAGACGAUAUACCCAGGGAGCAUUGGUGGUUUAUGUGUUUUUAGCGAUUAUUCUCACCCUCUAAUCAUUGAGACCAUUGGGCGUGAAAUCAUUUACAACCUCUAGCGCA